CACAAUUCCACUUGAAUAUGGUUGGAGCUCUUGGUGGCAUGGCCGAGCAAUCCGAUGACCCGGCUGAGCGCAGUCCGAGCACGGACCCUGAGAUGCCACCGCUGGUCCCAGUGGAGCCAAAACUGGAGCCGGCUGCAAGCAACGCACAGGCUUCAGCAAAAUUGGCACAACUCAACUUCUUGGCCACGCUGGGGCGUGCAAGAGGCGGUGGCGCUGGUCGAGCUCGUGGGCGUGGACGGCGCGCCAAGGUUGAACCUGAAAGCAGGCCUUCUCCACCGAUUUUCGUUGGUCCUGGGGCUACAGCCCCAGGUGCGUCACCUCAAACGGUGGACUUCAGCCGCCGUGCGGGGGAUCUUGCAGCCAUGUUGGACCAGCUCCCAGCACCAAGUCUCGAUGCCUCCGCCGAGGUUCAGCCUCCCAAGAAACCCAGACGUUGCUUCGACAAUGCAUUAGAAGAGAUCGAGGUCUCGGCGGAAGCAAGUGCGCGCGCCGCGGCCGAUCUGCAAGAAGACCAGCGCGUGGAUUUUCUGAAUGCCGCCGAGAGCGAUAGCGACAGCGCGGCGAUAGACGAGGAUGACGAGGAAGAGAGACCAGGCAGCACACCCACUGCUCCAAAGCAGCGCCACCUCGUCCGAGAGCUGCCUCCUGGCGCACCGAACGCACAAAGUGCCUGCGAGGAGGUGCUUCAUGCAGUGGCCUCGGCUGGAGAAGGCGCAGUGCCGCCUCUUCCAGGCGGUAGCUCCUUCGGGCCGCGCUUCAAAAAUCUCUCCAAGUCGGAGUUGCAAGCUGCGCGGCAGAAAUGGCAGUUGCACACCCUAGCAGGUGUCGAAACCAGCAGUUCUGAGCAGAACCGCCGGGCCGCUGAGGAGCUUUUCGCAGCGCUCCGAAGACGGGCAAAGUCUCCGUGCUCCGCUGACACUUCCAUGACGGCAGCGGACGCUGCAGUGGCUGCAGCUCCAAAGCCGGUGUUCCGGAAGCGGUCCAGUGUGCCAGAGGAGAGUUCACGGACCUCCGCGCGGCCAGAUGCGUUCACAACGCCAGGCACUCGCAUCCUUGAGGAAUGUGUGGCUGGCCGAGGCACCCGUCGCAAGGCUGACCCUACGGCCGUUCCGCCGGCCGUGGAACGGGCUGCGUCGAAGCGCCGCAAGGGAGGAUGGGUUUGAGAUUUCCCGGAAGCCUUACGCCCCUGACCUUUGGUGCUGUGCAUCCUGUGUGGUGUGGUCGCAGCUCCUCGUGCCAGGUCUGCAUUGCUGAUCAGGAAUGAUGGCGAGCAGAUGAUGGCCCCAGUGAAAAAAAACGAACGGUUUCAGCGCAGCAUGUUGAUGCGUAUCGGUGUGGCAACGGUGCCGUUUUGGUUGGACACCGUCCUUGGCAAGGCGAGCUUAGAUUCUGCUUCCCCAGCUCCUUCCGUUGCUGUCGUUUUUGGCCUCCCUUUGACGAUGGUCG